AUGUCUCAGCCUAAGUAUGCUGCUGACAUUCUUCAAAAAGCUCGUAUUAUGGAUACUAGAGUGGCUGAUACUCCUCUUGAGCUCAGUGUGCGUUAUUCCCCGUCUGAUGGUACCCCUUUGGAUGAUCCUACUCUUUAUCGUAUUUGUCUCUUCUCCCACUACUCUUCACUGGGCUGCUGUAAUUCGUAUUUUACGCUAUCUUCGAGGGACUUGUUUCAAAGCUUAUUGCUUCCUUCCACCUCAACUUUGGAGCUUCGAGCCUUUUCUAAUGCUAGUUGGGCUGGCGAUCCUUUUGAUCGAAAAUCUACUACUGGUUAUUGCAUUUUUCUUGGUGAUUCCCUUAUCUCCUGGAAGAGUAAGAAACAAUCAGUUGUUUCUCGUUCUUCUGCUGAGGCUGAGUAUCGUGCUAUGGCCUCUACUGCUGCUGAAAUUGUUUGGCUUCGGUGGUUGCUUCAAGAUAUGGGUGUUUCUCUCUCUAUACCUGCUUCUAUGUAUUGUGAUAAUAAAAGUGCCAUUCAAAUUGCUCACAACUCUAUCUUUCAUGAGCGCACAAAGCACAUCGAAUUGGACUGUCACUUUGUCCGCCAUCAUUUCCAGCAAGGCACCAUCUCUCUUCCUUUUGUCUCCUCCACCAUGUAA